UCAAACUGACAGUUGUAGAGUUUGACAUAUUAUUCAUAAACAUAACUAAUUGAUUAAUGAUUAAUUAAAUAAUUAUUUAAAUAAAAGUUUAAUAUUUAUUUUUUAAAUAAUAUAUUUUUAAAGUUUACUUUGUAUUCGUUAAAAUGGUUGAAGAAUUAAAGAAGUACAUGAACACGUUACUAAACAGAGUUCAUGGAUUGCAUUGCAUAUUAAUUUCGGAUAGGGAUGGUGUCCCAGUUGUUAAAGUAACAAGUGAUAAAGUUCCUGAACUAGCGCAACGUCCAACAUUUCUCUCAACAUUUGCGUUAGCUUCGGAUCAAGGCAGUAAACUUGGUUUAGGUAAAAAUAAAACAUUGAUUUGUAUGUAUUCCCAAUAUCAAGUGAUUCAAUUCAAUAAAUUACUGCUUGUGAUCAAUUUGAUUGCAAGUAGUGAAGCUAACACAGGUCAUUGUCUUGCUUUAGAAGAAUAUCUUGAACCGAUUUUAAAUGAUUUAAAAACUGCUGUUAUUGAACCUUAAAACUAAACUAAAUUGUAAUAUAAUUAUGGAUCUGGAUCUGGAUCGUAGAACACACCAUGAUCUAUGAUCUAUGAUCUAUUUAAAGCACAAACACAAGUGAACUAAGAAUAUCAAUCAAAUACUUUUUAAAAUAAAGUGCAGGUCUUGAAGUCACUUUGAUUUACUUCUAAAUAAGAUAAAUAUUAUUUAGAUCGUUCGAUGUUGUGUUCUAAGGAUCCAGGAUCCAGGAUCCACAUUCAUCCUGUUAUAAUUAUUAAUAAUUAAUUGUUUUAUAUAAU